GGUCCCAGCAGGGUCCCAGCAGGGUCCCAGCAGGGUCCCAGCAGGGUCCCAGGGUCCCAGCAGGGUCCCAGCAGGGUCCCAGGGACCCAGGGUCCCAGCAGGGUCCCAGGGUACCAGCAGGGUCCCAGGGUCCCAGCAGGGUCCCAGGGUCCCAGCAGGGUCCCAGGGUGCCAGCAGGGUCCCAGCAGGGUCCGAGGGUCCCAGCAGGGUCCCAGCAGGGUCCCAGCAGGGUCCCAGGGUCCCAGCAGGGUCCCAGCAGGGUCCCAGCAGGGUCCUAGCAGGGUCCCAGGGUCCCAGCAGGGUCCCAGGGUACCAGCAGGGUCCCAGCAGGGUCCCAGCAGGGUCCCAGGGUCCCAGCAGGGUCCCAGGGUCCCAGCAGGGUCCCAGGGUCCCAGCAGGGUCCCAGGGUCCCAGCAGGGUCCCAGGUUACCAGCAGGGUCCCAGGGUCCCAGCAGGGUCCCAGGCUCCCAGCAGGGUCCCAGGGUCCCAGGGUACCAGGGUCCCAGGGUCCCAGCAGGGUCCCAGCAGGGUCCCAGGGUCCCUGCAGGGUCCCAGGGUGCCAGCAGGGUCCCAGGGUCCCUGCAGGGUCCCAGGGUGCCAGCAGGGUCCCAGGGGCCCAGCAGGGUCCCAGGGGCCCAGCAGGGUCCCAGGGUCCCUGCAGGGUCCCAGGGUGCCAGCAGGGUCCCAGGGUCCCAGGGUACCAGCAGGGUCCCAGGGUACCAGCAGGGUCCCAGCAGGGUCCCAGGGUACCAGCAGGGUCCCAGCAGGGUCCCAGGGUACCAGCAGGGUCCCAGCAGGGUCCUAGGGUACCAGCAGGGUCCCAGGGGUCCCAGGGUGCCAGCAGGGUCCCAGGGUCCCAGCAGGGUCCCAGCAGGGUCCCAGCAGGGUCCCAGCAGGGUCCCAGGCUACCCUGGCUCCCAGGGUCUCCUGGCCUAG